GAUUAUAAUAAUAUAUAAUUCCAUUUAUGGGGAGAAAGUCUUAGGGAUAAACAUGUAUUGAGGCUGAGGAAAUAUGUGAAGGACACCUGCUAAAAUUCUCCUAGGAGGGGCGGAACAUAGCUUUCCCAAACCUUGCAGGAGAUAAGACUACAGUUCUGUAGGUGACUGCAUCUUUUCCCCUUUCCAAAGAGAGGCGGGGAAUAUUUAUCUCUCCCAAUCCGGGUGUGUGGUGGAUGAACUUCCUUCUAACCACCUUCUUCCUCUCUUCCCAUCCUCCCCCGACCCCAUCCUCUAUAGGUGUGCGUCUGUGUGUAGGGAAAACCGGGAAAGACCAGCAGGUGGAACGCGGGAGGAGGAACUGGGGUGGUGGUCACCUAGGGGAAAAUAACAGCGGGAGGUGAGGGUAGUAGCUGCGCCAGUGAGCGCAGCGUGGAAGCUGGAAGUGGGGAGAAGGGUCUGAGUGUGUCGAGUGUGCAUAUGGGUGAGUGUGGGAGUAUGGGGUUGUUAGUGGUCCUGGGCCCGGGGAUCCCGGGUCUCUGAUUGGCUAAAAUGGCGCCUCUCUCGGUUUCCAUGUGGUAGAAGCUGCCGCGGCACAACAUUAAAGGAAGGAGGAGGGAGAAAAGGAGUGGGAAGGGGGAGGAGAAGGGGGGGAUGGGUUUCGAGUCAGCUUGAAGGAGGGGGAGGAGGAGGAGGAGAUCCUGGGAACGCUAGCUCCUGGCGGGCUGCUGCAGGCGGAAUCGGGGUAAACACUGCCGAGGGGCUUAGGGGGAGAGGCCAGGGUGGGAGGUGCGGUCGCUGUUGUUACAGCCGCCGCUGCUGCUGCUGCACCAGCCCUUCCGUCUGCAAAGUCCAGCUGCUGCAGCUGUCCCCGGGAUCCCCGCCUCCCCGCGCGUUUCCUUUCCUUGGCCGGGUUCCCUUUCCCUUCUCUCCGGCGGCCCAUGGAACAAGGACCUGCGGCGGCGGUGGGAACGGCGGGGGCCGUUGGGGCAACAGCCAACGCCAGCGCCCCUGCUGCAGUGGCAGCUGCGGCUGCGGGAGCCUUGUCGUCGGGGGUCAGUGCGAGCUACUGCCCGGUGCCCCUGCCCCUGAGUGACAGCGAGCAGCAGUGUUACUCCGAGCUCUUCGCGCGCUGUUGUUGCGCCCCAGCCACCUCUUCCUCCUUUUUCUCCUCCUCCUCUUCCUCCUCGGGACACCCUCAGCCACCCGCUGAGGUGGGCAGGGGAGCCUCGCUCCCCGGACCUGCAGCCACCGCAGGGGCCAACCAAGUGGGAGAUCUGUUCAGGGCAUCGCAGCUGCCCGCCGAGACCCUUCACCAGAUCACAGAACUCUGUGGUGCAAAACGUGUGGGUUAUUUUGGUCCAACACAGUUUUAUGUUGCCCUGAAAUUAAUUGCUGCAGCACAAUCUGGCCUUCCUGUACAAGUAGAGAGUAUUAAAUGUGAACUGCCUCUACCUCAAUUUAUGGCCCUGAAAAAUGAUGAAAUAAGAUACAGCAAUCCAACGGAGCUUCAUGGAAUGAAAUGUCAGAUUCCAUAUGUAACCAUGGAAAAGAAUUCCUUCAAGAGAGUGGAUGAUGGGGAGAAACAGCAGGAGAAAAUGUCACCUAUUAUGUCGCCAGUUAGCUCUCCUCCUUCUUCUCCGUCCAAUUACCAAAGGGUAUCUUUGACCUAUGGUUAUGGCAAAUUGAGGAGUGGAAUGGAUCAGAUGCAUGCAGUUCCUUAUGAAACCAGACAACAUACCCUCCAACAGGAGGGAUCCACAUCAGGAAGCCAUGGACCCAAGCCUACACGACGGCAAACUUCUCUUAUUCAGUCCCUUUCUGUAGAACGGGAACCCCAGGAGAGCAACAGUAAUUAUCCAGAUGACCCAUGGAGAAUUACAGAAGAACAGCGAGAGUACUACAUCAAUCAAUUCAAAUCCCUUCAACCGGACCUAAGUUCCUUCAUUUCAGGUUCUUUAGCAAAGAACUUUUUCACCAAAUCCAAGUUGACCAUUCCAGAGCUUUCAUAUAUAUGGGAGCUCAGCGAUGUGGACUGUGAUGGAGCCCUGACACUGCCUGAAUUCUGUGCUGCCUUUCACCUCAUUGUGGCCAGGAAAAAUGGCUAUCCACUGCCCGAAUCUCUGCCCCAAACACUGCAGCCAGAUUAUCUACAGACGGCUUUUCUUAAGCCCAAAUGGGACUGUGCAUUAUUUGAUUCUUAUUCUGAGCCGAUGCCUGUAAACCAACAGCCACGAGACUUGAAUCGAAUUGAGAGUUCCAUUAAAGAGAAAACUGAUCUAACAGCACCAGCCCAGGAUGUGAAUAUUGAUGACAAACAAGUACUGAAAAUAAGCUCUGUGGAUGAAGCCAUGCCAAAGGACUUGUCUGUUGACACAGCUACUCCUAAGGACUUGAACACUCUCAAAGCAAGACCAAGAUCCAGAUCUUACUCUAACACAUCUCUAGAAGAGGCCAUGAAAAGGGUCGAGGAACCUCCCACUCCCCCACCGAGACCACAGAAAUCCCAUUCCAGAACAUCCUCCUUGGAUCUGAAUAAAGUCUUCCAGCCAAAUGCUCCAGCUGCUAAACCAGGAUUGUUACCUCCACCACCGGCUCUUCCCCCCAGACCUUUUGUGUCACAGACAGAACAAGUAUCAGAGAUAGAAUUACAUCCUCAAUUGAUCAGAACUCCAUCUCAGACUGAGGAAAGUGGAAGUCCUGUGAAAAAGGAUCUGCCACAUACACAACCACCAUCAAAGCCCAUUCGUCGAAAAUUCCGACCUGAAAAUCAAGUAAUGGAAAACCAAGAGCCUUCUUCUGUGAGUGGGACAUCUUCUGUGCCAACUGUGCCAACUGUGAAGCCACAUGCAUCAAUCCAAAAACAAUCUUCUAAGCAGAAGAAGGCAAUCCAGACGGCUAUUCGGAAAAACAAGGAGGCCAAUGCAGUGUUAGCCAGGUUGAAUAGCGAGCUCCAACAACAGCUAAAGGAAGUUCAUCAAGAACGAAUUGCUUUGGAAAACCAAUUGGAACAGCUUCGUCCAGUCACGGUCUUGUGAUCUUUGGGUGGGAAUAGGAGCAAUUGACCUCUGUGCCAAGGUCUUCCCUUUGCAUUUUGGAGCACAUCCUUUGGGAAAAGAUAUCUGAUUGAGGCAAAAGCAGGGAGAAGUGGAAUGCGGUCUGUAUCCUGUUCCUUCCCCACCCUCCUGACUCACUAGUCAUUCCUGUGUUUCUGUCUGUAGGUAGAAAAGUCCUUUAACCAAUGGUUGAGAUUGUGGAAUGUUGAUCCAUUCUUAAAAUACUUCUUCAAGGUUUUCAAAGAUGGAAUUCAUCACCAAAAAUUAAUCCAAUUCCCUAGUCCUUCAAUAAAUUUAGUACAUUAUUUAUUUAAAGAAUUCCUGAUUUGUAUGGAAUCUUAUUACUUGCUAUCAGAUUGUUUGUUUUAUAUUUGCAUUUAUAAUUCAUAUGUUUUGUUAUUCUGGGUAUGUGAUUCCUAUAGGCUUGUUUUAGGGCAUAAUAUUACAUAGCUAAGUAAAUAAAUCUAAGAAUAGCAACAAAUUUAGGCUAAAGCUAUGCCCACCACUCUCAUUGCCAAGAAACUGAUGAUAUAGUGAGUGCCAUGUAUAUUUAAUAUCUAUUUAUAACUAUAUAAUCCUUAUUUUAUAUUGAAUCUCAGAGACUCUCUAUGAUUAUAUAGCACAAGAUGAAAUAGAAAUUUGAUAUAUAUCUGGUCUAUUUCAGCAGAAUAGAUAGUCAAACUAGAUGAAUUUUUUAAUGAUCUAACCUGACAAGAAUUAAACAGUUGCCAACUCUUCAUUUUUGCUCCAUAUGGAUGUAGCAUAUAUAAAAGUACAAGUUGGAAACUUAAAGAUAAGACCAAGAAAAGAUGUGAGCUAACAAGUUCCUCUACAGUUUUUUAAUUAUGCUACAGUACAUCCAGACUAGAAAAAUGGUAAGAACGAUCAAUAUUAAUACAGUAUGAUUAUUUAUGGAAUAGAGUUGCUGUUUUCUUUGUUUCUGUGUUUUUGUUAACCUUAACUAUAUAAUUGGGUUACACUGAAUGGGUAGCAGGAAGGGACGAAGGCCAAAGCCUAUUAUACCAGCCACAUCACUGCACAUGUUAAUGGUAAAAUGUGGGGCCUUAAAAUAUAACCCAAUUCAAUUUAGUUGGUACAAGAUCAGCUAUACAAAUUACAGUUGAUGUUUGUUGUUCAGCACUUCAGUUAUGUCUGAUAUUUAGUAAUCUUAUGAGGAAUUUUCUUGGCAUGGUUUGCCAUUUCCUUCUCUAGAUUAUUUUAAAGCUGAGGAACUAAAGCAUACCGGGUUAAGUGAUUUGCUACACACAACUACUGAGUGUCUGGAGUCAGAUUUAAACUCACCAAAUUGAGUCUUCCUGACUCUAUACUCUAGAGUAUAAGCUGUAACUUCCCCAAGAUAGUUGAUAUAAAAUGAUAAAUUCCACUUGGAGAAUGUUAACCCUACAGAACUUCACACAAGCACCUUCUUCCCUGGAUGUUAGCACCACAGGAAUGCUUUGUCUCUGUCAUAGGGAACAGGGACAUGUGAAGUUUAAAAGCAUUAAAAGGUAAACUAAUUGGUCCCUUUCUUAGAUAACUUCCCUCCUUCAAAAUGGGCUAUACUUCAAGUCAGAUCUUGCCUCACUCCUGCAAAUAGUAUGAACCUCUCUCUUUCUCUCAGUGCUUAGUAUACCCAACUUAGUUACUCGUAAAAUGGAUUGAGUAUAUGUGUAUACCCAAUAUAUGUACAUAUGUUGUAUAUAUAUGUGUGUAUGUUUUGCGUGUUUAAGGGAAAAAUAGAAUUCCACUGGAAAUUGAUUGCAGCAUUUGGGUUUGAAUCUUAAAUAUAAAUAUACUGAGGCACUAGAGGCAGAAAUGAUUUUUUAAAAAAAGACUUUGUGUAUCUGGAGCAGUCUCAGCCAUGAGUUUACCAAUUUCCCUCUUUGUGAGGGAAUUCCCCCUCCCCACUCAAAUGAAAUCACAGAUUAUUUGAAGAUUUUUAUUUUUUUUUUUUGCUUUGAAAAUGCUUUGAGAACCAAAGCUAUGGUUGGUGAUGCAUGCAUGUAAUUCAUACUACUGGGGAGGUGAGGAUGGUGGUGUGUGCUUGAGUGCAGGAGUUUUGAGCUGCAACAGGGCAAAGCUACCACACUAAGUCUAAUACCAAUAUGGUUAGUCUCUGGAAGUAGAGAGCCACAAAUCAGGCUGCCUAAGCUGGGAAUGGCCCAGAUUAAGAACAAUGGAUCAGGUUAAAAUUUCCCUACUGUUCAUUAAUGAGAAAGGAGGACCUAGUCAGAUUUACACACAUAUACACACAUACAUGCAUAUGCACAUACAGAAGGCAGCCUUACAUGUACAUAUGUGUAGUAAUCUUUUUCUUCUUUAAAAUAUAAUAAAGGUUCUCUCUGGGAGCAGGUAGGUUUCUCAGGGAAGUUUUCUGGAGGCAGCCUUAGUAUCAGUUCAGACCAAUAAUUACCCCAAAUGCAGCCAGCUGGUAAAAGGUCAGAUCUUUCAUUGUCUCCAACAUAGCCCGGUUAGCUUAGAGGCCUAUCUCUCUGCUUGGUUCCAAGAGCUCCCUCCGAAUGUCUCCAAAUCCAAAGGUUUGUUCUUCAGUCCUCCAGCCAGCCAAGUGGAAAAUGGAAUGGAUCUCUCUUGCCUCGGAGAGAGGGCUUCUGGCUCUCAGUCUCCCAGAGUGCUCCUCUCUGACCCUGGUCAAUGUUCCAAAGUAAAACUCCUCACUCAAAGAGGCCUUCUGGCUGAACUCACCUGACGCUCCCCUCUCAAUCUAAAUUCAGCUCCACUCUUCACGUAAUUCAGCUGAAUUCUGUCCGAGAGCCUCUGUCUGUUUCUUAUAUAUGAGAGAGAGGAAUUGUGGGAUACAAGAGAGAGAGAGAGUAUGGGUUUCUUCCCAGAGUGCUCUCUGGCCCUAAGAGCUUCAAAGGAGGUGUGAAUUUGGUUAUCUCAUACUAAACCCUGAAAUCUCCCAAACAUGUGAACUCCGAUGAGUAAAGGUGUGAACACAAGUAUUGUAUCAAUUAGUUCUACUUAGUACCUUGUUUCAGAUUCUGGCCCAAAACAUCAACUCUAAUGAGUUAGCAGUUUGUAAGGAUUCCAACACAUAUGCAUAUUCAUAUACAUUUUAAAAGAAAAUCCCUUUUCCUACUUCUCUUAUUUUUUUUUUUUCUUCUCAAUUCCUUAUUCUCCUUCCAACCAAUUCUCCUGAAUUUCACCCUACUCACUUGCUACACCUGCAGUAGACAAAAAGUGGGCUGGCCCUUCUUCUAACACUAAAUCUGUCAAAAGUUCUCCUGACUCUAGGACUGGUGUUCUAUCCAAUGGGCCAUCUAGCUGCCCCAGCUAUAGCAUUUCUAGGAAGUAGAAUUAAAGGCAAAGCCAUGUUGCAUCCCAUUCAAAAAGGCUAAAUUAUUGAAGUGUUAAGAAACUCAUGGGAAUAGGUGGUUUUCCAUUUAGAUGGAAAAUCCACUAGACGCCCAAAUAAUGUCAUAGUAGAGGACUAUUGUCAUCUGAUUGAUUUCUGGUGUUUGAAGGUAUUUCCUCUAUCUGUACUCCAAAUCUGCAUUUGAAGGUAUUUCUGCUAGGGAAAAGGGAUCAUCAUGAAUGAAAAAUUGUAGGUUUUUAGCCUAUUCUUUUCUUUUUUUUAUUCUUAAAGCUUUUUAUUUACAAAACAUAUGCCUGGGUAAUUUUUCAACAUUGACCCUUGCAAAGCCUUCUGUUCCAAAUUAUCCCCUCAUUCCCCCUACCCUCUUCCCUAAUAGCCUAUUAUUUUCUUUGGUAUCUUUUAGUUGAGUAAAAAUCGUAAUGUAAUUUUGGAUUGCUGUAGUCAAUUUAGUAGUAGAUUUGAUUUUUUAAAAUUAGAUCUGUAGGUAAUUUAAUCAAUAUAGAGAAAUCCUAGUGAGGAACUUCUUUUACUAAUACAGAUGGCCGUCUUUUCUACAAUUUAGAGUCUUAGAAAUUUGCUUUGGUACGGAGAAGUUGGGUCAAUCAGCCAGGAGGUGUCAAAGGGAAAACUUGAAACCAGAUGUUCCUGGUCUCAAAGAAAAAUCUCUUUCUAUUAUAGGCCACACUGCCUAUCAUAUUUGAUGUCUUUUGAAAGUCAUAAAUUUGAAUUUUCUUUGCUGAGGAAACUUAAAUAAUGGGUCUAUAUAAUAUUUAAUAAAAAUAUUAAAUAUAAAAGAAAUGGCAUUUUAAAGAAUAUUAGUUGCAAGAACAUUUUCUGUUUGUGAUAAAUUUAGAAGAAAAAAAUUAAAUUUCAAGAUGAAGAAUGUGAUAGAACUAGCUGUUCUUCUAAACCAGGGAUGGGGAAACUUUUUUCUGCUAUAGAUUAUUUGUAUAUUUAUAACAUCAUUUGCAGGCCAUACAAAAUUAUCAACUUACAGAAGGUUAUAUCUAGCUUUCAGCUCAUCAUCACCUGUGGUUCAGCUCAGCAUCACCUAUGAUUUCAUAGGUCCCUGAGGCUGGAUGUUGCCCACCCUUAUUCUAAACAGAAGCUCUUUACUUUUGGGGAAGCAAUAAAUUGUCAGACAGCUGUUGCUCAAUAUUGAGAGGUAAAUUUUCUUUAUGUUUCUGGAAACCAUAUUAUGGUAAGAACUCUUCAGUAUUUGUGAUUUAUUGGAUCUAAAAUAGAGUCUCAGCAUUAUUUUAAGUGAGUAAUCAAAAGCAUUAUUCUUUUGCUCAUGAUAUUGACUUGCUUAUAGUUGCAAUCUCUGAGAAAUCUAUUAAAAUGUGCUAGUAUGUUUUGGCUUAUUUAUAAAUAACAUUCACCUUUCCCUUACAUUUCCUUCUUCUAAGACAGGGAAUUCAUAUCAAGAAAAUGCAGAUAUAAGUAUCUGGAAUUGACAUAUGCAUUGUUGUCACAUAAUCUGAUUCUCACAAAUAAAUUUCCAGAAAACAAAAGUCUUGGCAAGUGAAUGUACAUACUGCCUAGCAUAGGCACAAAUUAGAUACUGGACAAAAUAUCUACAUUUAGGAAGAAGCAUGUGUUUGUGCAUAUUUUUGUGAGAACUUGACCUUUAGUUUCAUUGAUUUGAGAAACACACAGUGCAGAAUGACAUUUGUUCUGCAGUUUAGAGUCUUUGAGAGUCUUCUGAGGCACUAAAGAGUUAAAUAAUUUUCUAGUAUCAGAUAGUUCUCAUGUCAGAGGAAAGACUUGAAUUCAGGGCUUUUUGACUAUAAAUUCCCUAUCACAUUUUAUGUUUCUUCACAAAUACAUGUAAUAUAUUGCAUAAUCCACAAACCUAUGCUUAUAUAUGAUGUUUAUAUGUAUGAAAACACAACACAAACAUACAUACGAUUUCCCAAAAGCCAUUAAAGCUUAAAAUGGCAUUGAUUUUGAGAUAUACACAUGAUAUAUAACAUAUUGGUAUGUAUAUGUGUGUGUGUAUAUAUACACAUGUAUGUUCAUUUGUAUGAAUAUGUAGAAGAAUUACAGAAACUUGGCUAUAUCAAGUUUUGGUGUAGUUACAGAGGAUUUGGAAUACAUGUAGCCCUUUGAACAGUUUUGCUGUUUUGUGCUUUAAAAAUUUACCCAGAACUUUUAAAUUUUUUUAGUUGAUUUCAUUACUAUGGAUAUCUUGGGGGAGAUUAGAAAUGCUAAUUUUUAACCUUAAGGACAAGAUCACAUCUGAAUUCCAUAACUGGAAUUAUUGUACUAUAAUGAGGAGACUUUAAGGUACCUCAAUCAUUUUGCUAUAUGAUAUAUCCAUAUCACAAAGACAAUGACUUUUUUUUACAACUCGGCCUCACUUAAAUCUAAUUCUGUCUCAAGUCAAAAUAUCAGUUGUCAUGUCACUGGUCCUCUUCAAAAAUGAAGAACGAACAACAACAAUAUCUUACUAGUUAGUUUAAGGUGGAAAUAGGUAAAGACUGUGUUCAGAGUAUGUAUUAAAUGGAAUAAAUAACAAUAAAUAUCCCAUUGCUGGGAUGUGGGUCACCUGAGUUUUGAAAGAGUGGCUGAUAAAGUCCCUCACUGCAUCCAGUUUGGGAAAUAGACUUAACAUAAAAAAAACCCUAAAUAACAAACAAACAACCCCUACUACUCUUAGUUAGCACAAUCUAGGUACAUUAAGUGGAUCAAAGGCAAGAAGAUCCUUCUUUGGUUUUCGUAGAUGCAGAAUCAAGAAACAGAUAUAAAAAUCAGAUGUUCUAUUUUAACCUCUAAAGUAAACAUGUCUAUUUUUUCAAAAGUCAUAGUUUAAUAAUAGUUCAAAUGUACAUGGUGCUUUAACAGUUUAUCAAAGCACUUUUCAUGCAGUCCCAUGAGAUCAGAGUAUUAUCCCUAUUUCACUGGUGAAGAAUCUGAAGCUCAGAGAGGUUAUACUUACUUAAGAUCGUAUGCUUGUGAGUAAGAGAGUCAGAACUUGAAUUUGAGUUCUUUGAAUAAACAGCUAAUGCUCUUUCCCCUAUACCACAACUGCCUCUGGGUUGAUGAGUUUUAAGAAGGAAAUGUAUAUAUAUGAUGCUUCUCUUCCUACUCUUCUAAAGUAAACAUGUCUUCUGAUGCUUCUCUUCUAAAGUAAACAUAUCUAUUUUUUCAAAAGUCUUUCUCUUCCAUUAUCUUUCUAGAUAAUGAGCUAAGAAGUUGUGUUAACAUUUUACUUAAUCAUUGUCUCAAUCAUUUGAUAUGGUAUUGGAAACAUUUUGUCACUGACUUUAAAAAUUAAUCUCUGAAGUUACUGUAUAUUUGUAUUUCGAUUUGUACAUAGGGCCCAUAGACUAACCUUACUGCCUCUUCACAUUGGUCAAAAUGUUAAUUUAGUAUAUAAUAUAUGCUAUACACAUACAACUUGGAAAUGUACAGUACUUAAACGGGGGUGCUAUGUUGAAAUAAAAAUGUACAUUAACUUCAAAA